UUUCAUAACUGAUACAUUGGUUGGCAUCUGGUAAGUCUUGUAAUUCUAGCAUCAUCGGACUUCAGGAUCUCUGUAAUUUGCACAAUUAGCUUUGAGUCAUUUAUCAUGAGAGCAAAGUCCCAGCAGUCAGUUUGAGAGUCUUUAGCUUUUCAGAGCAAUUUGACUAGAUCAGCUAAUGGUUUUUAAACCAUUUCCAUAUCAUGCUAACAAAACUGCAAAGAUGUGUCCAUGUAAAUUACCAGGAGUCAAUCCUGACUCAAAUGUGACUAUAUUAGGCAUUGGUUUAAUAAAAGAAAUCUAAUGCAAUAGAUUAGGUUUUCUAGAAUACAGCACCUGAGUGAUUCUGAAGUAGGAAAAAUCAUGAGAAGAUUUGUAUGCCAAAAUCAGGAAGGAAUAUGAAAAAUAUGGCUGCAAACCAUGAGCUCCGCUAUCACCAGUACACUGACAAGGCAGGGAAUGUGAAUAAUCUUAGCUGAGUAGGUAGACUGCAUGUUGGGGUAGUUGUUAGCAUAAAACCCUUUUAUAAAAGGGUUUUAUAAAAAAUUAAACCUAGUUAGAAUACAAGGGUAUAAUUUAAAAAUACUACGAAUUGCAUUGGACUGGUCCUUCAAUGAGUAAAAUUAGACUUUUUUUGCUCCUGUGAGGAAAAAAAAUACAUUUUGAUAUGUACAUAAACUCUUUCACGGCUUCCAGUUUCAGAUAUUCUCUUUACUUGUAUCAGUCUGAUGAAUAAGCCCUGAAAGGCUUCAACAACUUGUAUGAGCCUGAGGGGGGUUGGCAAAAUGAAGAAAGAGGGCUGCAUAGACUAAUCACUGUGGAACAUUCUAUCACACAAGAGCCAACAUGAGAAGCAAUGUAUUGUAGUACAUUUCAUUGUGCUCUGAACAUUUUUAGCACUAGAAUGGAAGAGUGCUGCCCUUCUGCUUGUUAUGCAACUCAGGAUGUGGGUGAUUUAUUAGAGUGGUAUUUACUAUGCUAAUCACAAUGAGAUACAUCCAGGAUAAAUGCAGGCAAAUAUCCUGACUUGCCUUUGAAGCUACAAUAGAAUUUGCUGUUUUAUUUCAUCAGGAAGAUAUAUCAUACUUUUCCAUUUAACUCUUUUCAAUGUCAUAGCAGUAUACAGGAUCCUAAUGAAGCUUUUCCACCUUACCACGAGGAAGUUGGUUUCCCAAGUAUAUUGCGGACUGAAACUUGCUCCUGCCAAGAAAGAAAAGACAUGCUUUGAAAUGGCACGACCUAGUUCAAAUAUGGCUGAAUUUCGAGAAAUAUUUGCUAAAGCAAAACAUAUAGCUAUUAUUACAGGGGCUGGAAUCAGUGCAGAGAGCGGUGUUCCAACUUUCCGAGGUGCAGGAGGCUAUUGGAGGAAAUGGCAUGCUCAAGAACUGGCUACUCCAGAGGCUUUUGCAAGAAAUCCCUCCAGGGUGUGGGAAUUCUAUCAUUACCGCAGAGAACUAAUGAUGACCAAACAUCCAAACCCAGCACACCUUGCCAUAGCAGAGUGUGAGGCCAAGAUAAGCAAGCAAGGCAGGAGUGUUGCGGUCAUCACCCAGAACAUUGAUGAGCUCCACAAAAGAGCAGGCACAAAGCAUGUUUUAGAAAUUCAUGGUAGCUUAUUCAAAACCCGAUGCACCAGUUGUAGAAAUGUGGUGGCGAAUUACAACAAUCCAAUUUGUCCUGCUUUAGCUGGAAAAGGUGCUCCAGAUCCUGAUACUGAAGAAGCUGCUAUUCCUGUGGGAAAUCUCCCUAGAUGUGAACUGUGCAAUGGCCUCUUGCGCCCUCAUGUUGUAUGGUUUGGAGAAACGUUGGAUUCUAAUAUCCUUACAGAGGUUGAAAAAGAACUUGAGAUGUGUGAUCUCUGUUUGGUGAUUGGGACUUCUUCUGUAGUAUAUCCUGCUGCUAUGUUUGCUCCUCAGGUAUCUGCCAGAGGAGUGCCCGUUGCAGAAUUCAACAUGCAAAGCACUCCAGCAACAGAUAAAUUCAGAUUCCAUUUCCCAGGUCCUUGUGGUACUACACUGCCCCCAGCCCUUGCUUGUUAAGAAACUGGGAUAAUCUCUUGAAUGUUUAUGAGAAGUACAGAGAAAAACUAUAAUUGCUAAUUUCGGUAAGGGUGCAAACGUAAGAGGAACCUGUUCUCUUUUAGAAAAAACCUUGCUUGAAACUGAACAAUGGAAUCUGAAGAUGACAGUGAACAAGAUAAAUCAUGAUUCUCAAUGAAGAUGAGCAACAGGAAUGAGCAGUGGAGAAGAAUGAUGAUGGACAGAGACAUGAAAAGUGGUUAUAUCACUAUUGAAAAAAAUUAUGUGAAUUGAAUGUAUAAAUAUACAAACUGUUCAAACAUGGUGAAAAAGAUAUUUCUACUCUCAAGUUUCAAAUUGUAUCUUGGGUAAGUGUCAAGCAAAAGAGGAUGUUACCAUUAUUGCACAUUUCACAAAAUUAUUUUCUGAAAACAAGGGUAAAACUGAAAAAUGUAAGAAUAAGCUAGCUUUUAAUAUAGGCUACACUCCAGUACUUUGCAGGAAAUCAGUAAAACAAAAGUACUCGUUAUCAGAUGAUGUGCUCGCUAAUAGAUUCAAGAUUGAGAGCAGUAUAAGAAAUAGUAGAUUAAUAGCAUCCAUUUGCAUAUAGUUGCCUACUUCCUUUUCACUUCCAGAGUUGAAUGAAUAUAUGUUUGAACUUGCUUAAUUACAGCUUUAAUUCUUUGCUGUUCUAAGGCACUAAAAUAAAUUAAAUCAAUGCCUUUUUAAAUUGAUUACUACUGUUUUCUUUAUCAAAAAGUGAGGCUGUAUUACCACUCAUGUUAGCAGGUAGUAGAUAGUAGACUGAUUUUAUUUACUUCUGCUGCUUGUUACAGUAACACCGAUAAAUACAUUGAAGGGGAAUGAGUUUGGUAUAGAAACACUUUGAAGCAAAAGUAGCUGUCCUAACAGCCAGGAACCACGCUGAGACAAGGAAUAGGUCUCUAGUGUUUAUUACUGCUACAUUAGACAGAAAAUCCUAACAAACUGAAGAAGUGUGGGAAAAACCCAGACAUAUAAACCCCAAAGGUUAAGGCGGGCCCGAUAUGUGUCUCUUUGAAUGGCUACCUAAUUCCUCAGUACUACGCAUGCGCUUUACAGCCUGGAUGGGAGCCCCCUGCUCGCCAUCCUUACUCAUGACAUCAGCAUUCUUUUGAUCCCAGAUGACUUCAUAGGCUCCAUUUUAUACUUUAAUAUUCAGGUAUAGGUUAGAUUAAAUGGAAAGCAGUGCUUAUCAGAGUUCUGCUUGUGCUGCAGGAAAGAACAGAGAGGUAAUUUUCAAUAUGCCUGUUUUGUGGCCCUAGUUCCUCAUGAAAAGCUGCUCUGGAAUGUGGGAAAACAAGCAGCAAGGGGGCUCCCUGCCCAUUCCUCCACUUGGGGUGCUCUGCUGGCUUCUUCCACAGUAGCCAUUCUGAAUGCCUGUAAUGUCAUGCCUUUUUAUUGAGAUGCCAUUAGUCAAGUUUGUUCCCCUCUCCUUUUUAGCAAUCAGUUUGGCUGUGUGAACUGGAAAGAAAAUAAUAUUUUUCAAAUCCUAAAGCUGGAGGGGUUCAUUUAAACCAUUGAGUCCAACUGGCUGCUCAGUGCAAGAAUCCAAGUUAAAGCACUCCUGUCAAAUUGCUAUCUAGCCUCUGAUCGCAUCCACUAGUUCUUUGGGUUAUUACAACUUUAUUGUGGUCAAUGACCAGUCAUGUGUGACAAAAAGUCAUAAAAAGCAUAAAUAAAUUUUCAGAGUUGUAAAUCCUAAAAGACUGUAUUUUCCUAUGUAAAGCAAUGACAGCUGUAAAAAAUGUGCCUCUUGGAGAUGUUUAGGUUUGGGUCUGAUAAUAUAAAGCAAAUAAAAUCAUGCUCAGAACAAGUGGAA